AUGUAUCAACAACUCUUUGUUCUUGCUUCCGUUGCCCUCGCUAUCGUCAACGCUCAUCCUGGAGCACACACUUCAGGAACAAAGACUACCACUACACCAUCCACCUUCAAAUUCACUGAAACUUUCCCUGAGCCCGGAAGUGUUCCCACUCCCAAGCCUGAAUGGCUCGAGUUGAUCAAGAGCGCCAAUGUCACCAAGGCUCCCGUAUACAAGGUUGGCAACGGUGAAGGACCUAAGCCUGAAGUCGAAGGUCAAGAUCCUUACUGUGACUGGACCUUCACUGGUUGUUUCGGCAAAGACGACCUCUACCAAUGUCCUAAGGGCCAAUGGGCUCUUACUUACGAUGACGGACCUUCCGAAUUCAGUCCCAAGCUUUACGAUUACUUGGACAAGAUCAAUGUCAAGGCAACCUUCUUCAUGGUCGGUGGACAAGUUGUCAAGUUCCCCGAAUAUGCUUUGCGCGCUUACAAGUCCGGACACGAAAUUGCCAUGCACACCUGGUCUCAUAGCUACAUGACCAGUCUUACCAACGAGCAAAUCGUUGCCGAACUCAAGUGGAACGAAUUGGCCAUCAAGGAAGUCACUGGCGUCGCUCCCAAGUACUUUAGACCUCCCUAUGGUGAUAUCGAUAACCGUGUCCGUGAUGUCGCUGCUGCUCUUGGUUUCAUCCCUGUCAUCUGGAACUACGACACAAAUGAUUGGGCUGCUGCCUCCAACCCUCACAGCUUCAAGGAAUCCUGGAUCGAUGGUAACGUCACCAAGUGGGCUCAAGAAGCUAAGAAUGCCAAGGUCGGUGGUAUCUCUCUUGAACACGAUCUCUACGAAAAGACAGUUAAUGCUGCUAUCCGUAUUACACCCACUCUUCAAAAGGCUUACAAGUUGGUUCCUGUCGGCAUCUGUAACAACGUCACCAUGUACAAGGACAAUGCUACCGUUCCUACCAACACUACCACUUCCACCACUACCGCUGAUGCUCCUGGUACUACUACCAUCCGCUUAGACUCUAACGCUCCUGCUGCCCCUGCUGCCAAUGCUGCUGCUCCCGCUGAUCCCGCUGCUCCCGCUGCCAAUGCUGCUAAUGCUGCUCCUGCCGGUAGCCAACCUAUUGCUGCCAACGUUGCCUCUACCUCAGGUGCUUCCUCCGUUUCUUCCAGCGCUGUUGGUUUGGGUGUCGCUGCUGCUGCUGCUGCCCUUGUCUUGCUCUAA